UGUUGUCAAUGCGUUUAUUCCUGUCUACUCGUGGCGUGAACUCUCAGAUUAACACUAAGAAAAUAUUUGGAUUGUAUCGAAAACAGAAGCAGUUUGAUAUGCAAAUUUAACUUUCUACGUUUCUGCGGCGAGAACUACAAGAAACAAUGGCAUCAGAAAAAGAACUGUACAACUGGGCCUCAGAUAGGCUGCAUGACACCCUUGGACUUUCCGACAAUUGCGUUGUGGAAUAUCUUGUAACACUUGCCGGCAAAACUGCUGAUAAAUCGAAAUUCUUAAGGAAUAUUGAAGAUUUUGUUGGAGGUGACCCGAGAGUAAAAACUGUAGCGGAGGAAGUAUGGUUGAGAAUACCAAGAAAGGAGAAGACAGAAAAUGCCAAUAGAGUGAAGGAACGGGAGGCUCUUGCUUUGCAAAAGAAGUAUUCAAGUUAUAAAAUGUUGUCUGAUGAAAAUGAAAGUGAAGAUGAAGUUUCAGGUUCUAGAAGAUCGAAUACAGAUGUAAAGAAAAAGCAUAAAAAGAACAUCAGGAAAAGAAAGUCAAGUGGUGAUGAAUCUUCAGAAGAUGAAAAUAAUGUGAUGAAGCAAAAGAAAGUCAAAAAGAAAUCAAAGUCUGCUAGAAAGCAGAAAGGUAGUGAUGAGUCAGAAGUAAGCGAAGAUGAAACAGAAAAAGAUUUAAGAGAAAGGGAUGAAUUUGCUGAAAGGCUUAGAAAAAAAGAUGAGAAGAAGACAAAAAAACUGAAAGGAGAUGAAUCUGAGAGUGCAGAAAAUACAGAUAAGAUGGCAGAAGAUAUGAGUAAGGAAGAAUAUGAAAAGAUGAUGAAAGAUUUAAGAAAGAAGGCCAGAAGAGAUUAUGUCAAGAAAAGAAAAGUUGAAAAGCUUGAAGAACUGAAGGAGGACAUAGAGGAUGAUGAAAGGCUUUUUGAAUCCAGAGAGUUGACUGCAAGAGAGCGGCUUGAGCGUGAAUAUAAAAAGAAGAUAUAUAAGUUUGCAAGUGAAUAUGAGCAGAUUAAUGAAGCUCAAAGAGAGAACAGGUAUGUAAUGCCAAAGGAUGAUGGAACAAUUAUUGACAACUUUGAGGAUGAAGCCGGUGUAAAUGAGCCAGGUAGCAUGUCAGAGCAAAAGCGCUGGGAGGAGCAUAAACUUGGUGAUGCAGUGAUGCACUUUGGGUCUAAGGAUGCCAAAGCAAAAGGUAAAGGGAAGGAGUCUGAUUAUGAUCUGCUAGUAGAAGAGACACAGAUUGAUUUUGUUAUGGCAGGGACAAUGGCUGGAAGUAAAAAUCAUUCUGCUGAGGAUAGUACAUCUGCAGCAUUGUCUGAAAAGGAACUGAAAAAGCUAUCUAUGAAGGAAACAAGAGAAAGCCUACCUAUUUUUCCAUACAGAGAAAGUUUGUUAGAGGCUGUAGAAAGUCACCAAGUACUUAUUAUUGAAGGAGAGACUGGAUCAGGUAAAACUACCCAAAUUCCUCAAUAUUUGCAUGAAGCAGGCUUUACAGAUGCUAAUAUGAAAGUUGGUUGUACUCAACCAAGGCGUGUUGCUGCUAUGAGUGUUGCUGCUCGUGUUGCAGAAGAAAUGAGUGUGAAGCUGGGAAAUGAAGUUGGAUACAGCAUACGUUUUGAAGAUUGUAGCAGUGACAAGACAGUUAUCAAGUACAUGACAGAUGGCAUGCUUUUACGGGAGUUUCUUAGAGAACCAGAUCUUGCUAGCUACAGUGUUAUAAUCAUUGAUGAGGCUCAUGAAAGAACAUUGCAUACAGACAUAUUGUUUGGCUUGGUGAAAGAUAUAGCCAGGUUCAGGAAGGACAUAAAAUUACUGAUUUCAAGUGCUACCCUUGAUGCAGAGAAAUUCUCAGCAUUUUUUGAUGAUGCUCCGAUCUUCCGUAUACCUGGCCGUAGGUUCCCAGUUGACAUUUUCUAUACAAAAGCACCAGAAGCAGAUUAUCUUGAUGCUUGUGUUGUUACUGUCCUACAGAUUCAUCUCACCCAGCCAUUAGGAGAUAUACUUGUUUUUCUAACUGGUCAAGAAGAAAUUGAAGUAUGUCAAGAACAGUUAACCGAAAGAACACGUAAACUGGGGACAAAGAUGAAAGAGUUGGUAAUCCUCCCAAUUUAUGCAAACCUGCCUUCAGAUCUUCAAGCAAAAAUAUUUGAGCCAACACCACCGGGUGCUAGAAAAGUGGUUCUUGCAACAAACAUUGCUGAAACAUCAUUGACUAUUGAUGGCAUUAUAUAUGUUAUUGAUCCUGGCUUCUGCAAACAGAAAAGCUACAACCCCCGAACUGGGAUGGAGUCCCUUGUUGUCACACCAGUUUCAAAAGCAUCAGCUAAUCAAAGAGCUGGUAGAGCUGGAAGAGUGGCAGCUGGAAAAUGCUUUAGGCUAUACACAGCUUGGGCUUACAAGAAUGAGCUUGAGGAUAAUACCAUCCCAGAAAUUCAGCGCACAAACCUAGGGAAUGUAGUUUUGCUAUUGAAGUCACUUGGAAUCAAUGAUUUGAUUCAUUUUGACUUUAUGGACCCACCACCUGCAGAAACAUUGAUUUUGGCAUUGGAACAACUUUAUGCCUUAGGUGCUCUGAAUCAUAAAGGGGAGCUUACAAAACUUGGACGCCGAAUGGCAGAGUUGCCAGUCGAUCCAAUGAUGUCCAAGAUGAUAAUUGCUUCAGAAAAGUAUAAAUGCACAGAGCAGAUACUUACAAUUGCAGCCAUGCUGUCAGUGAAUGCAUCUAUAUUUUACAGACCAAAAGAUAAGAUUGUUCAUGCUGAUAAUGCUCGAAAGAACUUCUUCAGAUAUGGGGGAGACCAUUUAACAUUGAUGAAUGUUUAUGAUGCGUGGGUUGAAUCUGGAUACAGCACACAGUGGUGUUAUGAGAAUUUCAUCCAGUACAGAUCGAUGAGACGUGCAAGAGAUAUCAGAGACCAGCUUGAUGGCUUGAUGGAAAGGGUUGAAAUAGAACUUACAAAUAAUCCCAGUGAUACUGUGGGUGUAAGGAAAGCCAUCACUUCAGGCUACUUUUACCACACUGCAAAGUUUAGCAAAGGAGGCCAUUAUAAGACUGUCAAGCACCAGCAAACAGUAAUGGUACAUCCAAAUAGUUGCUUAUUUGAAGAGCAGUCAAGGUGGCUUGUCUAUUUUGAGCUUGUUUUCACAACCAAGGAAUUUAUGAGGCAAGUUAUUGAGAUUGAUAGCAGCUGGCUACUUGAAGUUGCUCCACAUUACUACAAAGAUCGUGAAUUAGAAGACUCAUCUGCAAAGAAAAUGCCAAAGAAGAAGGGUAUAACAACAGAGGAAGCAAGAAUUGCAUAACUGCCGAAAUCAUUGCACUUUAAGUUCAAUGUAAAGAACAACACAGUCUUACCUGGCUGUUUUUGUUUAUUUUUUAAAUAGUUAACUAAACACAAGAACAAUGCUAGAGAUUAUUUUUGCUGCUUCUUUUAGAUUAUGUAAAGCUUUUGUGAACCAUCAGGGGCGGACAUUUUGUCAAAUAUUGGGGGACAAGCCUAUUGUUUAAACAAGAUGAUGUCAAAUUGCCCCCAUUGUUUCAGAACAAAAUACCAUUUGCCCCCACCCCCUAGGUGUCCGCCACUGCGAAGCAUAGUUGAUAAACACAUAUAUUGUUCUCUCCUCUAUAAAUGUGGCGAAAAAAAACUCUUCCUCAAAAGAAUUCAGCCAAAUAGCAUAUCAUAGGGAGCAUUCUCGAUUGACAGCAAAAGUUAGUGGAAAAGACAAGGUGUACCGAAAGUUAACAUGGUUAAGGAAGGGGUAUCAUCUGUUCAUUUCAAUUUCUGUUUAAAAAAUUCUUAAUUUUUUAAACAGAUUUUGUAACAUUAAAGUUAAUGAAGAUUAUUCAAGUGAUUCAAACUAGCUUGUAGAUGCAAAAAGGUUAAGUUUAAAACUUUGUUUGAUGUUGGACUUAUAUUCAGUAUCCAAUGAAACUUUUUAUGAAUUGAUAUGCCUGCAUUUAAACAGGAUAUUCUUUCAUUUUUUGUUUGUUGAAACUUGGCACAUGGCUGACUUUUUGCAGGCACUUAAUAAUUGACCUAUACUUUUUGCUCUGUGACACAAUCAUAGCCUCAGUGUAUGUUACACAACAUUUUUGAAAAAAGAUGGCAGCUUUUCUCUGUUUAGGAAGCAUUGUGUUAGGGAUGCAGCCUAUGCAGAGGCAACUCGAAUGCAGAUUAAAUAAAUGCUUUUUGUACCAACUUUUGAUGUUCAAAUCCAUAAUGAUGUGAAAUUUAAAAAUUUGAAUUAUCUGAUUGUGUAUAUUGAAACUCAAUGUUUGAGAAAUUUGAAAGGUAUAAUAUUGAGGUCUAUAUUUGAAUACUUUCUGUUUUGGUAUAGCACAGGUAAAACGGUUUAUUUCAAUUCUACAUUUUGAGUUAUGUUUCUUGGUAAAGGAUAACUUUUAUCACAAUGUUCUUUAAAUAUUUACCCCAAUUUUAACUUGCAUUGAACAGUCUUUCAUUGUUGAGUUUGAAAACAAACUGUUUGAAACAUUUGGUGGCUUUGU